AUGGAGAGUCUCUCGAAUGAAGGAAAAAAGAAGUCUACUUCAAUCCUCGGUGUCAAACGACCUGCGUCGACUCCGUCUCUUUUGCCUGCAUUCGAGCUGCUGUCUUCGUCUCCUCCGUGUGUUCGCCCAGCGAAACGCGUUUCUCGCGUCUCGGGUUCAAAGCAAGAUGCAGGACUUAGCAAAUAUCCAACUCCUCUUCCUAGUUCGUCUCUAGGCAAUAUUCCAUCCUCUCCACCUGCGUUACCGAAGCACCCGGAUAUACAGCGGACGACCUCGAGCUUCUCUGAGAGGUCUCCUUUACGAGCCGUUACAACUAUUCCUUUACCGGAAACUGAGGAAACAAUUCUACUGGGAAGGUCCAGCAAUUCUUCAACAUUCCAACUUUCGGCCAAUCGACUGAUAUCACGCGUCCACGUCCGUGCAACUUAUGUUGCAGCAAGAUCUCCCCAGGAGCAGAACAAGGUUGUAAUUCAAUGUGUGGGUUGGAAUGGAGUGAAAGUCCAUUGUCAGGGUCGGACUUGGGAUCUGUCGAAAGGUGAUACGUUCACUUCUUCAACUCAUGGUGCGGAGAUCAUGCUAGACGUUCAGGAUGCCCGCGUCUUGAUAGCCUGGCCUCGAACGGAAAGAAAAGGCUCGCUGGAUUCUGACUCUACUUGGGAGGAUGAAAGUUUCUUUCAAAGACCACUAACUGCUAUUCCUGGCUAUGACGGAUCCAGUCUCGUGCGGAGCAACCAGCGUUUACGCUCUCCAAUCUCCCCAACGCCAGCAAGUCGUGCCCAAUUUCCAUCCUCGUCUACGUUUAUACCUUCAGAUCCACCCGUACAUAAUACUGUCGAAGUGUAUGAAGAUGUGCAUUCAUCUGACGAGGGCAAUGACAAGGCACAGUCAAAUGACGACCAGCAUAGGCCAAGCGGCGAGAUUGUGGAUUCUUUCCAGAGCAUCGGAGCGGAAAGUCGAUCGAGCAGCUUUAACGAUCUGCACGACUUCUCUGACAGAGAUGAGGAGAAUGAUCCAAUCGUUCACUCAUUCGGUCCGUUUGGAGAUAACCUCCUCCCACGUAUGGCAUCAUUUACAACUGGAGACUCGCCUCGGCGUUCGGCCACUGAAUCCAAUCGUGCUGCUUCACCUCUGAAGGAAUCUGAAACCCAAGAAGGCAAGAAAUAUGAAAAGGAAGACACAGACGCUAUCUCCAAUCACGCCAUCAAUCAACUCGCCUUUUCUCGCCUGGCCUCUACUCCCUUGUCCGCUAUAGUGCGCAAUUUACCGUCCACGCUCAAGGGUGACAGUUCUGGUGCUACUGGAACUUUAUCGAAAGAUUGCCUGAGGAAAAUCCUUGAAGGUACAAGUUGCAUUGGAGAAGUUACGCGGGAAGGCAAAGACGCGGCUGGUAAACCGCUAGAAAGCGAAUAUUAUUACAUUCCAGAGCUUGACGCGGACGAAAAACGAAGAGAGGCUGUAGUGAACAGUUUGAGGAAGCCACUCUUGCGAAAUUGCCGGAAGCAACAUAAGUUUCUGCAUAUAGGCGAGCUGCGCAAUCUGAAUGUAAAAGCGUGGGCUGGUGAACAAGAUGUCUUCCCGGUCAGCGGAUCUCUUGACUCUUCGCUCAAGAAAAAUACGGCAUUCAUAAAGCGGCUCAGGACAGCGAUCUCUGCGCCUACGCUUCCUACUUUCCUUCAAGAGAUUCGAACCCUCUCCCUGCACAAAUAUCUCUCCGAAAUCAUAUCCGCCUGUUAUGAAGGGCUGUGCAAGCUCAAAUCCCCCGGCGAGGUUGCAGCAGGCGUCGAAAUCGUCAGCGCAUUGCACCAACGAUUCGGGCCUAAAGAUUUUACGAGCUAUUUAGGAUGGUUUCUUGGAAGGGGUUUAAGCACCCCAGAUAAGGCCCAGCUCAAAGCCCUUGGCCAAGAAGCCCGAGAGAAGGAGGAAAAGGACAGAUUGGGGAGACAAAGAGUACUCUUAAGGGUCGUUACGGAACUUUGGCUACUUGGGGUCUUGAAAAGCUUAGACGAUGUGACUCGGCCUGACGAGGCAGGGCGACCGAAAGAUGCCGCUGCAUCUAGCAAAACUGCCGAUGGUUCUGGGCGGAGCAAAUCCACGCAGACGGGACCGCGCUCUGCUGGAACGGAAGCCGAACCCUUCCCACUUGAGGUACUUAAAGAUCUGCUUGGGCAUGACAGAGAGCAUGCAAAUUUACCACUCGUGGUAUUAUUUGUAAAGAAUUUUGGAUGGGACAUCCUUGGCAUCAGGUCAACCGCCGCCGAUGGGAGAAAGUCUGUGGAAGAGGACGGCGCAACGUCUGGUCCAGUUGCGGACCUCAAUGAAAGUGCAGUUGCAGAUAAUGCAACGAAUACUGAGGCUGCAAAUGAUGACGAUUCGCCCCUUGCAUCUCCCGAGAUGCGUCAACGCUUCAAAAAUAUUCUUAUCAGAUACUUUGACGACGUCAAGGCUCACUUGAUUCGAGAACAAAAUUCUCUUUCCGCUCAGGGGCGUCGUAAUGCUGAAGCUUAUGUCAAAUCCGGCGAAGUCUUUGAAGAUCGGCAAAGCAACUUCGAUAAGCAGUCUAAAGCCUUUGAAAAGCUUGUAUCGAAUGCUCAGAUCCUUUGCGAUGCCCUUGGAGCGGACAUGCCACUGUUGCGGGAGAAUGAAAAUCUCGAUACCGGGUCAACCAGUGGCAUAGGGCUCGUCAAAACAGGCGAAUAUCUCCGCGGACAAAGCGAAGGAGCAGGAAUUUGGGAAGAUGAAGAAGAACGUCGCUUUUACGAGAAUUUGAUAGACCUGAAGGAUCGAGUUCCUGGGAUCCUUUUGGAAGACAGCAAAAAGAAGAAGCCUGACGGAAAUGAGCAAGUCGGCCGUAAAAAUGAUGCUGGAGCGAUCGCAGGUGAUUCUGUGGACAACCAAGAGAAAACCACUAAUGGUGCCGGGUCACAAGAAGCAGAGACAAAGACGCCCGAGAUCGACGACCAGUCUACAUCCAUUGCAAAUAAGACCGUCGGGGCUCAAGUGGAUGCUUUAUUGGCACGUCUUCCCGAACUAACUGGGAAAGAUGCCGUGGAUGAAACCGCUAUUGAUUUUUGUUUUCUCAACUCCAAAGCUUCUAGAAAUCGUCUGGUUAAGGCUGUUCAAGAAUUACCCAAAGGACGCAUGGAUCUUCUGCCGCUCUAUUCCAGGCUCGUCGCGACGCUCGGUAAAUACAUGCCAGAUGUAUCUCAGGGACUGGUCUCUUACCUGGACGAAGAGUAUCGCAGCUUACAGCGUCGGAAACAGAAAGACUUCUUAGGCCAAGUGCGCAUGAACAACGUGCGAUAUCUUGCCGAAUUGACCAAAUUUGGCGUCGUACCUGAGCAUGUCAUCUUCCACUGCUUCAAAGUCAGCCUCGACGACUUCUCCAGGAUGAAUCUGGAAAUCAUUGGUAACUUGCUGGAGAAUUGUGGCCGCUAUCUCCUUCGUAAUCCUGAAACCUCGCCAAGGAUGAGCUCCUUUUUGGAAACACUUCAACGAAAGAAAGCGGCUCAGCAUCUCGGGCAACAAGAGAGGAUGCUUCUAGAGAAUGCAAUCUAUUACGUCAACCCACCUGAAAGAGCAGCCAUUCAGCAAAAGGAAAGGACUCCGCUGGAGCUCUUUGUCAGGAAGAUUAUCUACCUGGAUAUGAAUAAACGCAACUACACUAAAGUCCUCAAGCAGAUUCGAAAAUUGCAUUGGGAGGAAGAAGAGGUUGUCGGGAUGCUCAGCAAGAUAUUCUCCAGACCCGGAAAGGUCAAAUACAGCAACAUUCAUCUUCUAGCUAUUCUCGUUGGCGCACUGUAUAGAUACCAUCAGGAAUUUGUAAUCACUGCAGUGGAUGAUUUACUCGAGAGCAUUACCAUUGGGCUUGAACAAAACGAGUUCAAGUACAACCAGCGCCGAAUCGCAGAGGUCAAGUAUCUCGGGGAGCUGUACAAUUACAAGGUGAUCGAUUCACCAGUAAUUUUCGACACCUUGUACAGAAUUGUGACUUUUGGUCAUGAAGGAGGAACCCCCGUCCCGGGACGAUUCUGCGCGCUAGACAUGCCCGAUGAUUUUUUUAGAAUCCGGCUUGUCUGUACCAUCCUCGAUACUUGCGGUGUUUGUUUUGAUCGUAGCACCGCUAGGAAGAAGUUAGAUUUCUUUUUGAAAUUCUUCCAGUAUUAUUUGUACACGAAAGAUCCUCUACCUAUGGAUGUUGAAUUCAUUGUUCAGGAUACUUUUGCUUUGACGCGGCCACAAUGGAAGUUGGUCACGAAUUUAGAGGAAGCUGGGCGCCUGUUCGCUGAGGCCGUUGCACAGAACUACAAAUUGCAGGACACCGAGAAGCCACUCGAGCCGGAAGAACCCGAUGAUUCUUCCUCUUCCGAUGACGGAUUCGAUGAAGACGAAGAUCGAAUGGCAGAAAAUGAGGAAGGGCCCUCUUCUGGCGAAGAGAUGGAGCGGUCGGCGGAUGCUGAAAUUGAAAUUCCCGACACCGGCUCGGACGAUGAAGAUAUUGUUGUCACCCGUCAAGAUGGAGAACGAGACCCUGAGGCGGAAGCUGAGUUUGAUAGAGAACUUGCGAAGAUGAUGUCUGAAAGUCUGGAUUCCCGAAAGUUUGACCGAAAGCAAGUUUUUGAUGUUCCCUUACCUAUGCGCCGUCAAAUUCGCGAGCCUGGCAGUGCGGAUGACAGCUCCACCACAGGCAGAGAUACGCCGCCAAAUACAAUGGCUUUUGCCCUUUUAACCAAGAAGGGUAAUCGUCAGCAGACAAAAACUGUGGAGCUUCCUUCCGACUCUCACUUCGCGGUGGCUAUGAAGACUCAACAGCAAGCAGAGCGCGAGGAACAGCAGAGGAUCAAGAAUCUAGUCCUCAAUUACGACCUUGGUGAGGACAAUGACGGUGACGAGAAAAUCAACACUUUCAGUCCGUCUCAGUAUCGAUUUGACAAAGCAAGCAAUAAUCGAUCGACUCAGCGCGCCAGAAAGCUUCAGCUGAGCGACGUCGACUGGUAUGAGCUCUGUAAUUUGAAGCGUAUGCUUUCUUUCUGA